AUGAGUAACAGAAACCCCAAACAAGAAAACGGUGGGAGUAAAAUACAACAUGUCAAACUUGUCCUUCUGGGUGAUCAGGGUGUGGGCAAAUCAAGUAUUGCCCUGAGGUUCGUGAGGGGCGAAUUUUAUGAAAAUAGUGAAGCUACGGUGGGAGCUGCGUUUCUGACCCAAACAGUAAACGUUCAAGGUCAUUCUAUAAAAUUUGAUAUCUGGGAUACAGCGGGACAAGAAAGAUAUCAUAGUUUAGCUCCCAUGUAUUAUAGAGGAGCUCAAGCUGCUAUUGUUGUUUAUGAUAUUACCAAUCAGAAAUCCUAUGAUAGAGCCGUGGCUUGGGUCAAAGAAUUGAGGCAGCAGGCAAAUUCUCAAAUUACAAUAGUUCUGGCGGGAAACAAGGCCGAUAUGGCGCACGACUCACGAGCUGUCCAAAUCGAGGAAGCAAAACAUUUUUCUGAAAGUAAUGAUCUAGGAUGGUUUGAAGCGUCAGCUAAAACUGGGAUGGCUGUUGGAGAUAUCUUCAUGUCUGUAGGCAAGUAG